GUUUAUUUGUUUUUGCUCAUCCAUUAGGACGCCACCCACGUUCUCUGUUCCUCAACCAUCAUCAACCACUGUCAAAUGUCAGCUUAUGGCCACUCUUCUCUUUCAGUUCAUGAACUUCCCCUCCAAUGGAAACUCAUCUCUUUCUCCUCUUUCUCUCACUCAUCCUCCUGUUCUUAUCCAAACCCGGAUCCGGAUUCGGAUCCUCCGGGCCUAUUGCUGCCUCCUUCGGAGGCAGCUCUGCUUUCUUCUGUGCUAUUGACGCUAGUGGUCGUCAAGAAGUUAUCUGCUGGGGCAAAAACUACUCAUCUCCUUCUUCUUCUUCUCCAUCCUCCUCUUCUUCAACUUCCCAAAGCUACAACAUUCCCUCCAUGGCCGUUCUCUCAGGUGGAAACGGGUUUCUCUGCGGUGUCUUGUCAAACACAUCUCAACCCUUUUGUUUCAGUUCACUUGGUUCCUCUUCAGGUAUGGAUCUUGUCCCUAUCUCUUACAGGACUACUGCUUACUCUCAGAUCGCUGCUGGAAACAGUCAUGUCUGUGCAGUCAGAGGAGCUUACUAUUCAGACCACGACUCUGGAACCGUAGACUGUUGGGAGAUAACAAGAACUAAAAACAACACUUUGGUCGGUAAAGAGAGUCCUAACUUCUACGAUCAGGAUGUUAGUAAUCUUGUCUUCAACAAGAUUGUCUCUGGUGAUGGGUUUAGCUGUGGUGGAAUCAGAGAAGGAGGGAUCCUCUGUUUUGGUCCAAAGGUUUCUACUUUAGGGCUUAACUCAUCUUCAGACAACUUCGAAGUCUUAUCCGCUGGAAAAAGCUCUGUCUGUGCGAUUCUAAACUCAUCUCGUGAGGUUAAAUGUUGGGGAGAUGAAGACUCUUUUGUUAACUCACCAUCUGAUGAGUCUAGCUUCGUUGCGUUAGCAUCUGGUCCUAACCAUUACUGUGGUAUCCGUGAAGAUACUCACGAGGUUGAGUGUUGGGGUAACGCUAACUUCUCGUUGAUACCUAAAGCUUCUGGCUUCAAGGCAAUAGCUUCAUCUGAUUCCAUCGUUUGUGGUAUAAGAGAAGAGGAUCUUGUUCUUGAUUGCUUCAUGGUUAACGGGUCUUCGACACUGGCCUACGAUCCUCCUUUAGAGCUUUGUAGUCCAGGGAUCUGUAGAACUGGUCCUUGCGAAGAAAAAGAGUUUGCUUACAACGCAAGUAACCUCAACGAACCUGACCUAACGAGUUUAUGCGUGAGGAAAGAGUUAACGCUCUGUUCUCCUUGCGGCUCGGAUUGCUCCAAGGGAUUCUUCUUGUCGAGUUCGUGCACCGAGAACUCUGAUCGAGUAUGCACGUCGUGCUCGCUAUGUCAGAACAGUUCUUGUUCUGACAUUUGUAAGGUUCAUAACCACGACGAUUCUUCAGACAAACAUUGGAAUCAGAUACAGAGACUUGUGCUCGUCAUAGGCUCUUGCGCGUCGGCUUUACUGAUUAUCAUAAUCUGUUGCUGCGUCGUGCCACGGUUUUUCAUUAGUCCUAACAAAGAAGACGGAUUCAAAUCUUGCAUAGGGAAGACCGAUCUAGACACGGAGCCGCUUGAAAUGAUCUCCACUGCUCCAUCGGUAACACCUUUCGCGCAAGUGUUUAGACUCUCCGAGCUUAAAGACGCAACCAACGGGUUUAAAGAGUUCAACGAGUUAGGCAGAGGAAGCUACGGGUUCGUCUACAAAGCCGUGUUAGCUGACGGGAGACAAGUCGCCGUCAAAAGAGCAAACGCAUCUACCAUAAUCCACACGAACGCUAGAGAGUUCGAAGCAGAGUUAGAGAUUCUAUGUAACAUUAGGCAUAGCAACAUUGUGAAUCUACUCGGUUACUCGACUGAGAUGGGAGAGAGGCUUCUUGUUUACGAGUACAUGCCUCACGGUACGCUUCACGAUCAUCUACACGGCGGGUUUUCGCCGUUGUGUUGGAGUUUAAGGGUUAGAAUCGCUAUGCAAAUUGCAAAAGGUCUUGAGUAUCUUCACGUUGAAGCUGAGCCUAGGAUUGUUCAUGGAGAUGUGAAGUCUUCGAACGUGCUUUUGGACUCGGAGUGGGUGGCUAGAGUUGCGGAUUUUGGGCUUGUGACAUCGUCUAAUGAUAAGAGUUUGGACAUUAAAAGAGAUGUUUAUGACUUUGGGGUUGUGUUGUUGGAGAUUUUGACCGGGAGGAAAAGUUAUGAUAGGGAUUGUGAUCCUCCGGAGAUUGUUGAAUGGGCGGUUCCGGUGAUUAGAGACGGCAAAGCGGUGGAGAUUGUGGAUAGAUAUAUUGCGUUGCCGAGAAAUGUUGAGCCGUUGUUGAAACUUGCUGACGUGGCGGAGUUGUGUGUGAGGGAGGAUCCGAGUCAACGACCAACCAUGUCGGAACUUGUGAACUUGUUGGAUGGACUGAUCUUGUAGUUUUUUUUUUUUUUGGUUAUUUUUGGGGUGUGAGUGUUGUGUAUUCUUUUAUAUCUGAAAUUUCAAUUGUAAAAUCAAAUAUUCAUACACAAUUUGUGAA